UUAUUGUUUGUAAAUUUAUCAGUACACAGUAACACGCGGUACUGUUCGGUGGUCAACAAUACAUAAAUAAAUAAAUAAAUUAUUUGUCUAUUCAAAUUGAAGUAUUAAAAAAGUUAAUAAAAAAGUUUUUGAUGUAACUAACGAGGACCGAAAUGGACUUCGACGCUAUCCUAGAAGACGUUGGCGGCUUCGGUCGAUACCAGAAACUAGUGAUUUACCUGAUACUCCUACCAGCCGUGAUACCCUGUGGCUUUCACGCGUACGCGCAACUGUUUAUGUCAGCUAAUGUCGAACACUGGUGCCGAGUUCCAGAAUUGGACCAUAUUUCGGAUUUGGGAUUAGUGAAGAAUUUAAGUAUACCAAUGGAACUUAGAAAUGGAAACACGCAAUAUUCUGAAUGUAGCAUGUACAAGCUGAAUUACAGCGAUAUUUUAAGAAAUCACGAGAGUCCUACUGAGGCAGCUACAAAAGUAACACCAAAGGAUACAACGUCGUGCAAAAAUGGCUGGAGUUACGACAAGAGUAUUUACAAAAACACAAUCGUCUCUGAAUGGAACUUAGUCUGCAGUAAAGAUUUUUAUCCAACAUUUGGCUUGGUUCUCCUCGCUGUCGGUGGAAUUGUAGGCAAUUAUAUCUUUGGCUACCUCCAAGAUACAAUAGGAAGGAAGCCAUCUUUCUUCAUCUACCUCUUAAUAGAAUGCGUGUUUGGCGUAGCCACUGCAUUCGCGCAAAACUAUGUGGUAUGGACCAUUUACAGAGUUGGAGUUGGAUUUACUGUUCCCGCUAUCAUGGCCACACCAUAUGUUUUAGCGAUAGAACUAGUGGGACCACGCUGCCGGACUCUGUGCACUAUUUUAUCCAAUAUUGCGUAUUCCAUGGGCUUGAUACUAUUGUCUGGAGUGGUAUACUUUGUGAGAGAUUGGCGACAUCUCGCGUUAGCCACCACUUUGCCAUUUGUUUGUUUCUUUCUUUAUAUUUGGGCGAUGCCUGAGAGUCCCAGGUGGUUACUGGCAAGAGGCAGAUUCGAGGAAGCUGAAAUAAUAUUGAAGAACAUGGCAAGAAUUAACGGAAAAUCCUUGCCAGCCAACUACAUGGUCCAUCUUCGACGUAAAUACGAAUCUGACAAGCUGAAACAGGACAUAGAGAAAGAGAAGUUACGUAAAUAUGGCAUUCUUGAUCUGUUUCGGACGCCUAAUUUGAGGAAGAAAACAAUCAUCAUAACCUUCAUCUGGUUCACGAACACCAGUGUCUACGUUGGCCUCUCGUACUAUGCUCCAGUACUUGGGGGUGAUGAAGUCUUGAACUUCUUCCUAGCUGGCGUUGUCGAGUUGCCCACCUACUUGUUCCUGUGGCCUUCGAUGGAGAGAUUAGGCAGGAGGUGGACUCUUUGUAUGAGCAUGGUAGUAGGCGGUGUUGCUUGUUUGACCACAUUCUUGGUUCAACAUGAAACUAACGUCACCCUGGCACUGUACUGCGUUGGCAAGAUGGGCAUAUCGUCUUCAUUUGUGGUACUACCGUUGAUGGCGUCAGAACUAUACCCAACCGUGGUCAGGGGACUCGGGAUGAGCCUCAGCUCCGUCCUCGGCAUGUUGGGGCCCAUUUUUAUACCACUCGUCAAUUAUUUAGGAGCAGACAUUAUGGUUCUACCACUUAUUAUAAUGGGAGCUUUAUUGGUCGCUGGCGGUAUAGCUAGCUUACUUCUACCAGAGACUUUAAACCAGCAUCUCCCCCAAACUUUGGAAGACGGCGAGAAAAUGGGUCUUGACACUGACUUUUGCUGCAGUCCACCAGUCAAAGAAACUAAGCAGGGCAAUGACCUGAAAUUAAAAGAUACACUCGAUCAACAGAUCUGUAAUUCUUGUAACGCCUCAUGCACGUGUCGAAUGGUCAACGUUCCUCUGUUGGAAAAUGUUACUGCGAUAAUUGAAAAGUAAAAUGUUCACUUUAUUUAAGUAAAUAUUUUAAUAAAUCUAA